AUGGGAGAAUUUGCAGAAGUUCUUGAACAGAAAAACAAGGUCUUUAUGAUUGGUAUGACAUUACAUUGGAAAGAUGAUCUAAAACAAUUAAAACAAAUCUGUCUUAUUGACGUUAAAACUGCACCAGACCCACGAUGGGUUACAAUCAUAUGCGGAAAUCAGAGCAUAUCAUCUCAAUAUACUCGAAUGGAUAUAGAAGCGAAUGACAGGAAAGUUCGAAACAAAGAAAGAAAUCCUAAAGUAGAAAUAUCGUGGAAAGAUAGGAGCGAAAUCUGA